CCUCCUCGGCCUCGGAUUCUACUUCAUUCUAUGAUUCCAUGGGUGGUACAGGAUCUGGAAGUUCUUCUUUAGAUUCCGGAGACGAUCAAUCGUCGAGCACGGACGGCAGGCAGUCUGACGGAAGCGCGAGCAACACUCAGUCGCUUUCGGGAUCAAGGCGCAAGUCGAGACACUCGGAGAGGGAGAAGAAGGUGAAAGUUGUACAUAACCCAAACUCUGUGGGAUCGAAGCUCCUGAAGCUCUCCAAGGAGUUCGACAAUGCGUCUGGCUCUUCCAGUGAUAAGACAAGGGCCCUCAAGAACCUGGCCAUCAUUCAGAAGGAACUUACAUCUGACUACAAGAAAGUGCUAGGCCUCGGGCAUGCUGCCAAGAAAGCGGCAGAGAGUAUGGGGUUGCCAAAGGAGAAGGCGACGGGCAAAGCGCAGUUGGGGGGAGAUCCCUGGUCGAUCUGAGGGCUGCUGCACUUGCAGUGGCAUUAACACUAAAGUGGACAAUGAAUAUUCUUUCUUUCAC